CGAUAAAUCGCCUGCUGGUUGAGCGUAUUUUAUCGCCAGAGUGUUAUGUUUUUACUACGUCGCGGAAGGAUCUAAUUUUCUCAAGCGAGGGUCGACACAUCCGCCCAGUUUUCCGAUGUUUCAUUCCCCCCGAGUUGAAAAUGGAGUUCGAUUAAAGCAGAUGUCCACCAACUUCAAGGAGAUUUCAAGCCUAGAUGCUUUUACUUUACGCGUCAGGGUUAAUAUCGAAAACAGUAGAGGCUUUUUUUUUGGCUUUGGAUGCCUUUACUGCAAAUUACUCGGACACGUUGACGCUCCACAGCGCUUUUUCAAGUGUUGUGCAGGACCUGAAGUUGGCGAAUGGAUGCUCGACAGCCAGCCAUAAAUAACCUGCAAAACGCUACAGUCUACAAGCGCUACAUUGUUUGAGGAUCUAUUCACAUUUUUUUGUUGCAAAGCGGGGGAUCUGUGUUUGUUGAAGAAGAUGAUGCCGAUGGCCCAUUUGUUGUGGUCGGAUUUUACUUCCAGGGAGGAUAAAAUGAAUCAACGAUUGUCGAUUUAACGUUAGUUCCAGGCAGCGAGGCUUUUCUUCACAGGGACGCUUAGUUAGGCAUGCCCCAUUAUACACCAUUUACUUACUAUUCAGAAUAGGGGUAAUUUCUAUAUGUGAAGGAAAAUGGUGAUAUUUGUGGUAUUUUAUCCCGCCGUCACUGCGUCGUCGAUGCUAUUACUAGGAUUUGGAUCCCCGUGAGGAAAAAAAUGAGUGAAGAUUCAACAAAUCCAAACAACGAUGACAGUUAUGCGCGUGUGAGAGCAGUGGUCAUGACUCGGGAUGACUCCAGCGGUGGGUGGCUUCCCCUGGGGGGCGGAGGCCUUAGCUGUGUCACCGUCUAUAAGGUCAGCCGGGCGGAGGACAGCGGCAGCGUCCACAGUGGAGGCAGCGGAGGAAGCAGCAGCAACCUCAGCCCGUGUAGCUCCAGUCCCAGUCCUAGUCCUAGUCCCAGUCCCAGCCCCACCGCCGUGGAGUUUCACAUCAAGGGCGAGAGGCUCAGAGACAAACUGGUGGUGCUGGAGUGUGUCCUGCAGAAAGACCUAGUAUACAACAAGGUCAACCCCAUAUUCCACCACUGGAGGAUCAACGACAAGAAGUUCGGCCUGACCUUCCAGAGCCCCGCUGACGCCCGCGCCUUCGACCGGGGCAUCCGCCGGGCCAUCGAGGACAUCAACCAAGGUUGUCGGCAGUUUGGGGAAGGCGAUACUCCAGAGGAUGGACUACCGGUGUGUGACGAGCCUCCCUCCAUCUGUACCCCAAUGAAAGAGCCCUUCUCUCCCUUGAACAACGUCGUCUCCAACGAGCCAUUCAGGGGCUGCUACGUCCGCGCCCAACCGUUCGACGAGUUCCCCUCCAGCACCCGCCGUUACCUGCCUCCACAGGUCUCCUUUAAGUCGACUCGUCAUGUCAGCUUUAGCAUGGACGAAGAGGAGAUCGUUCGCAUCAACCCACGCAAAGACGUGCUCAUCCGCGGCUACGAGGACUACCGCCACCCUGUCAUGUGGAAACAGGAGGCCAACCGCGAGGACCUGGACUUCCCCUCCUCCUUCCACAAACUGGACAGUAAGAAGUGCGAGUACCUCUUCCCCGACGGCCCCGGUGGGGACUCCCACUCUGGCCCCGGGAUGGGCAUUGGGACAGGUAUGGGGCUGGGGCUGGGCAAGGACACGGCCAUCAAGACUCAGCCCUCGCCCCUGCUCAAGUCCAAGAAGGGCCGGCGGCGGCGAGAGGACGGCGAGCGCUCGCGCUGCAUCUACUGUCGGGAGAUGUUCAACCACGAGGACAACUGGCGGGGGCAGUGCCAGGACGCCCCCGACCCCAUCAAGCAGUGCAUCUACAAAGUCAGCUGCAUGCUGUGCGCCGAGAGCAUGCUGUACCACUGCAUGUCCGACUCCGAGGGCGACUUCUCGGACCCCUGCUCAUGUGACACAUCUGACGAGCAGUUCUGCCUGCGCUGGCUGGCCCUGGUGGCGCUCUCCUUCAUCGCGCCCUGCAUGUGCUGCUACCUGCCCCUGCGCGCCUGCCACCACUGUGGCGAGGCCUGCCGCUGCUGUGGGGGCAAGCACAAGGCCGCGGGGUGACCUGAGGACGGACUCUGGGACACCCUCAAAGCUAGCUAACACAGGAAGUGGAUAAAAGCGGAAAAUUAAAAAGCCGGCAUCCUUUUUUCAUUCCCCUCUCAGACGGGGUGAUAUGUUGUUGAUCCCCAGCUCUGAGGGCUUUUGGAGAUUUCAGUUUGUGUUUGUCGCCGACAAGCAGCAGUGGAGGACAAACCAUAUGCUUUGUGGGAGCUCUGAGCAUCAAGCUAAGUUCAGGAGCUUAAUCUGAGGAGGAGAGGAGGAGGCAGCGUCAAGAUUAAUAGACUUGGAGAUGUUACUAAACACACCUGUACACACACACACAAACACACACCUCUCUAUCUCUCACAUUCACACUCAUGCAUUGACGAAAAACCAGGCCACAAAUGUCAGAACUCUACUACAAGAAAUGUGUAACUUUAUGAAGGAAAAUUGUCUUUUGUACAGAGAGCGACAACUUAAUGACAAAAAAAGAAAACAAAACUAUUCUGCGUUCAGAAAAAAUACUUGCUGUUUGAGUAUGCUAAAAGGGAUAUGUUCUUGCUUUUUUGUGAAUUUACAGUUGGGUAACAGUGGCCUUUCCUUCAUGGCUUAAGCAUUUGCUGACAAUGUAAUUACUAGACAGAGAAAAGUGCACUAGAAAUGGUAUUUCCCCCCCUCCCCUCCCCUCCCCCCCUGAGUAAAGGUAACCCUCUCAAAUUCUCGUGGUACAUUAACCACCAUAUGUAGUGUAAUUUUAACAUUUGAGAGAUGUUGAUGUGGUGGAUGUUUGGCCAAUUCCUUGUUUUCUUUUCCAUCGAAUGUUGAGAAAAAUCAAAAGGUAACAGCUUGUUUUUGAAGGUGAAGCUUUGGACAUUCAUUAAGAAGAUGUUUCAAUGAUUACCUUGCUUUCCCGAGGUGAUCCAGACCAUUUGAUUGCAUUCCAAAAUAAAGGGAUCGAUUCCACGAUUAGAAGGGAAAAAAAUGGUAACGACUUUACCAUGCAGAGUUCCCCAAAAAUAGUUUCUUUUCCACAUCAUGAAAAUAGCAUUAGAACCUCUUGAACCAUUUAAAUUGAAACCAAUACAUGGCAAUUUCAUUUACUCCAGUGGAUUUUUAGUCCAGUUAUUUUUUACUGCUGUAGUGAAAUUGGUGUUUUUGUUUCUUAUUUGUUAUUUUCCUGCUCAUUUUAUAAUUAUUUUUGAAGCAAAGGCUGAAAAUGUUGCUCAACCAGCAAGUUUUGUUUCGGUGAAUGAAAGGGGUUACGGUGCUCCUUGGUUAAAUGACGAGGCACUUAAAUUAGGUUUGUUCUUUUAUUGAGAAUCCACCAGAUUUUUAAAAUUAGUCUGUACAUAAAUGUGACUAAUGUAAUAUUCAGUUUUGGCAUGUGGGGGAAACCCUCCUGAAAGCACUGCUCUCCAAGCUUUGGUUGCAGCACCCUCUCCAAAUUUUCAUGUUUGUCCCAUGAAUCAGUUUUGUUUCCCUUUUUGUUUUAUUUUCCUGUCAUAUCCUGUGUAAAUGUAGUAAUUCUUUGUUCCUCAGAAGUCCACUCCUCCUUCCGUAUGUCUUCAUUUAACAGGCCCUGGAUGAAUGAAUGCAUUGUUUCAGGAAUGCUGAGUAUCUUAGCUAUUUAAAAACAUACAGGUGUUAUGUAUGUGUGUGUAUGUGUGCGUGUGUGUGUGUGUGUGUGUGUGUGUGUGCAUAGGUCUUCAUAUGCACUGUUGAGUUGGUGUUAUGUAACGUCACCACUGACUAUUAAUUAAGGCUUUGACUUGGAACAGCGUCCUGUUUCCCGAAGCAUCUUUGACUUCAGAACAAAGAGAUGAUGAGGAAUAGUUUGACGUUUUGGGAAGUUUGCUUUCUUUGGGAAUGUUUGAGGAGAAAAUUGAUUAUUUCCAAUGUCAGCAUAAAAACUGGACCGGGGGAAAGGGCGAGCUUGGUUUUGUCCAAAUAAACACAAUCUGCCUCCAGCACUUGUAAAGUUCACUAAUAACAUAUGUACAUGUACGUACAUAUGUAGGCCUGUCAUAAUAACUCCUGUUGUUUGAGGAUAUAUUAUCCAAAAAUUUAAAAUAAAUGAUUCUAUUGUUAUUUUCAGGCCAUUUCAUGCCACUGAUUUAAUGUUAAUAUAAUAGCAUAAUAAUGCAAGUAAACCUUUUUUUUUUACAUUUAACAUAAUGCAUUUAUUGAACUCAAAAAAUGUCUUUAACAGUGGAUUUUGUUUUAUAUAAAACAUAAUUCAACUGAAAAAAUACAAUUGAAAAAAAAUACACAUUAAAAACAUUUUGUAUAAUUAUAUAUAUAUAUAUAUUAAAAAUAUACAAAUACAUUUUUUUCCUAAUAAUUCUCACAAACUGAAACUGAAAUAAUGCUCAACAGUCUUAUAAUAAUAAUAAUAAUAAUAAUAAUAAUAGGGGAAACCCUGCUGUUUAUUCUCACAUUUAAACACCCAUGUAAACACAAGGGGCGAUCAGUAAAAAAAUCAUGCCAUUAUUUUAGUUUGAGUAAAUUACUCAAUUAUUGUCACAGGCCUACAUACAUGUUGUUGUUUUUUAACAGAUGAAAUAAGAUAAAAUAAUGUUAAUUAAUGAGCUUUAGCGCUUUUAGUAAGAACAUUUUGUCAUCUUUGGCUAGCAGGCUAGCUGUUUCCCCCUGUUUACAGUCUUUAUGCUAAGCUAAGCUAACGGGUUAGCUACUAUAUAGUCUCCUCUUACUCUCAACAAGAAAGCAAAUAAGCAGAAUUCCCAAAAUGUCACACUACUCCUUUAAGAUCCUUUGGGAAACGGGAAGUCUAGUUGUGUUUGAAUCCCGUUUCCCACCUAAAAGAGUAAAACAUGAUUUAAAUUGUCUUACUCACAAAACCAUUGACUCCAACUAGUGUGAACAACAAACUCCCAGCAGUAAUAAAACAGUUCAGUUUGGACGUCUGGCUGCAAUAACUGAUAAAAAAAAAAAGAUCCCUUACUAAAGCAUGGAAUUAAUAGUGAAUCAGCUCAGUAUUUAACAGCAGAUCUGCUCCAACGUCCGCGUGCUGUUGCUAAAAGAUAUGCAUCUCCUCUCACCUCCUGUCACUCCUGCUUCAAAAUAAUAUAGUGGCGCCUCGGUCUCGACGAGACUGGCUUACAGGAGAAACGUUUAUUUUCCUAAUUCCAGCCCGACCAACGCUCCCUUUACUUUCUAUGCAAACUUUCUAACGUGGGAAACACAUUGACCUCUCUGCAGACUGAGUCAGUGACGGGAUAGGACACUUUAACGCUAUCUAGGUAGACGACCGACCCCUGGUACCAAACUCCAAACAACCUGUAAAUACUUAACACUAUAUUUAAGUUCUGAUAAUAAUCCCAGCUUUUUUUGUCUUUGAAAGUUUAAAGAUAGAGCUGUAUUUAUCGUUGCUGUCAGCAUAUACUGUAGCUUCAAUUGACAGCAUUAUGUACAUAGGUCACCUUUUAGUAUUAUUUCACAUUGAAAAGUAGAGGGCGUUUGUGAUGGAAAUGACUAUUGAGCUUCUAAUAGAGUUUCUCUCUAGUUUUGUACGGUAGAAGAAGGAUAGUGCUAACACGGUACAGUAGUGGCAGUCCACUUGUUUCAAAAGUUUGAUAUAUAAAUAUAUAUAUACAUACAUACAUAUAAAGCUGCUAGAUACAAUCACUAAUUUUAUUGUGUUGACAGAGAAAAUCAGCUAUGAACGACUGUUAAACCCUAAUUCUCCAACAGCAUAUAACCAUGACAGUGAGUUUUUAAAUGUUUGAUUGCUCUGUGUGUGAUGACACUUGUGCAUGUGUGUGUGUGUGGGCGCGCGGGUGUUACUAUAUACGUGCAUUGUUGUCGCGCCCACGAGUGUGUUGUGCGCGCGCAUGUGUGUGUGUGUAUGUACAUUGCAAAAAAAGGGGUGUCUAAAAACAAGAUAAAAACACUAAAUCUGAGGGAAAUUAUUAGAGCUGCAUAAUCGAAUAAUUGGUUUGAGCAGUUUUUUUAAAGACAAAAAGUCCAAAUUCUCUGAUUUCAGCUUCUUCAAUGUGAAUAUUUCUGGUUUCUUUGUUCCUUUAUGACAAUGAACUGAAUAUCUCUUUGGUUUGUUGACAAAACAAGCGAUUUGAUGAUGUCAUCUUGUGGUUUGGGAAAUACUGAUUGAUAUUUUUCAACAUUUUAUUGACCAAACAACUAAUCGAUUAAUAAUUUAAAUAAUCAAUAAUGAAGAUAAUCUUUAGUUGCAGCCCUAGAAAUGGUCUUGCUGCAUAGACAAAUAAUUUCACUAGAAAUAAGCAUGUUGAACACUUAAAAUAAGAAAUCAACUCUUUAAACAAGAUAAAUUACCUAACACUUCUAAAUCUAAAUUUUUUUUUAUCUUGGUGAGAAACAAAUAAUUGUCAGGUCACUCUGUCCGGGCCAGUUCAUCGCUGCUUGCAGCUUUAAUUUAUCUUGUUUUAAGAGUUAAUUUCUAAUUUUUUAAGCGUCCAAUAUGCUUAUUUCUAGAUUUAAUCAUCUUAAUUUAUCCAAUCCAAACAACCUUAUUUGUAUAGCACAUUUAAACAACAAAAAACAUCUCCAAAGUGCUGUACAUAGAAUAAUAAAACCAAUAAAACAAACAUUUCCUUAGAACAAUAAGCAAUAAAUAAUCAAAUAAGUGCACAAAUCUAAAAUAAUGCUAUAAAUAAAACAAUAAAAAAACAGAUAAACAUAAUAAGAUAAAUAAAAGACAUAGUAGAAUAAAUAAAAGACACAGAGGACCACAAAACUCACGAAAAAGUUAAAAAGCCAGGGAAUAAAAAUGCGUCUCAAUAGAAUUCCCCUCAGAUUUAGUGUUUUUAUCUUGUUUUUAAACACCUAUUUUUCAGUGUAUGUGUGUUAGUUUUCCAGCGUGCUGGCUGUGGUGUGUGUGUGCCUGCGUGCGGGGUUGGUGUGUAACCAAAUGUUUGGUUGCUUGUCAUAUUCUCCCAUUGUAAUUGGAUUGCCCUGCAUUAUCGCAAGCUGAACCAAGGUUUGAUGAACCUGAUUAAAACUUGCUGGCUGAGAAGCAAAAAUGUAGGACGUGCAUUUAUACAAAGUGUAGAGAAUGCUGAAAUAACACUUCUCAUUCUGCAUUAACCAGCACAGUGCAACUUCCUGUCAUGUACUGUAUUAUAUAUGCAACAUGUGUCUGUCUGCUUUAAUAUAUAUAUUUUUUUGACCUGCAUUAUAUAAGACUUCAGUUUAACCACUUUGCUGCUAGUCUUUUAUCCUCUUUCAAUCUUGGAAAUUGUGCAUAUCUUUGGGAAUGCAUACAAGUGUACAUUCUUGACAUUGUGUAGAUUUAAAAAAAAGAAGAAAAAAGCUAUAUAAACCUGUUUCUCUUCAGUGUAUUGUUUUAAAAAGGUUACUUUUCACAGCAGUUGAGUGGUUAUGUUUCAAUUCUCCGAUGCUUUGGUGCACUGAUGAUACUAUAUGUAAGCUUUUUUUCAUCUUACAGCGCUUGAUGUAACAUUUAUGUGAUUAGUUCUAAAUAGUGGAAGACAUUUGUGUUUUGAAACUUGCAGUAUAAAUGGUACUACUCUUAACUAUUCUGUAAACACUGCCUGUUUUCUUUCUUUUUUUCUCUUUCUUUCACUCUCUCUCUCUCUCUUUGUGCAUAUUUCUUUCCUGUGCAUCUAUUUUUUCCCCUCAAAGUUUCUUAGUGCCAUCGGCUUUCACAUCCUGACAACCUCAAAAAAGUGCCUCACGUCCAUCCUAGUUUCCAUUUUAUAAUUUAACAUCUCUCGUUCUGGUUCUAUUGGUUUCUACACGUCUAGGUAUUUCUUAUCAUGGUUCGAGAAUACCAAGUAUAUGAUGUAAAAUUUAUAGUCCCAAUAACUCAUGUCAUAGUUGUAUUUUCUUUAUACAGAUGUAGCUCGUUACUUUUCAUAAAUAUAUAAUGUAAAUAUGCAUACAUAUGUUUGUAACUGUUUUUAUGUUACAUCAUACACUUGUAAUUUGACAUAUCAAAUAACAUUAUCAUAAUAAAAUGGUGAGUUUUAA